AUGGUGACGACGGCGGCGGUAAGGCACCGCUUCAGUCGCACGAUCGCGGCUCGCAAUGCCCAAGUACGAAAAGCUCGUCAACCUGUGCUUCUAACAGCCCGGGAGGAACUCGCAGCCACAGAUGCCCUCCCGCGGACCAGCGAGACACCACUUGAUCCCAUCGACGGAACAAUCCGAGCUGCUGAACGUCAUAUCAGGCCUAGAAAUAGUUCCGAUGACGUUCCGAUGCCAAGACAAACACCUUUAGUACCGCUACAUGAAGUUCGCCAUGCCGAGACGCCGACUAGAGCAUCUGUCGAACCCUCCGACAUCAUAAUCAUAUCUUCAGACAGCGAUGAGGUCGAAGCUUUCAGCACAGCAUGCAUGCACGAAAGUACAGACACGAGGCAUCGAGCCAGCUCUUUCGGCCCGGAGACACACGAACAGCAGAUGUCGUCGAGCGAACAAGCGCUGCAACAGCUGUUUGAUCGGAACCACGACUUUUACGAGAGCCUUGAUCGCGAGAUGGCUCGGAUUGCUGCAACAAGGUCCAUGUCGGAAGUAUCGUCGUCUUCCCUCGUGAUGGAAAGCCUGGUGCCCGAUGCCAGCACCUCUUACGAGACGUCCAGUUGGGCCCCGACGCGAUCCAUGUACAGUCACGAGGCGCCUCCCCCGGCAAACCCUUUGUAUCACGGUCAGAGAGUGCCUAUGUAUGCUCCACAGAGUCACUAUGAGCGGUCUCGUCCUGGCACGACUGUCAGCCCAGCUUUCGCCUAUGAUGCUGCUGGCAAUCUGGCUCAAUACUCUUCGAACCACUACGGGGCUUGGCCUGCGCCUCCCCUGUAUCCUCAUACGGGUCCUCAUGCGGGCUACAUGAUUCUUCCCAGCGUGGGCGAAGCAAGUCAUGUCUGGGAUCCCGCAGAUGCACUCUCGUCUCGCCCCGCCUUCGACCAUACGCCAGAUGAUCAUCAGUACACGCAAAUACCUCGCCAGCCCUCCUAUCUGAACCCCUAUCAGUCGAUGUACCUGCAGAAUCAGCGAGGAGACCUGCUUCCCGCCGAUCCAUCAUCGUCGGCCGCAGACCUCGAAAGAGCCAAAUUGGCAUCUUACAGGCGUCCACGCUCACCGCGGCAGGCGCAAGAGGACAAAGCGAAAGCAGACAUGGUGUACAAGGCCCUGCGAGGGGCAAGCAAACGAGCAAGGACAAAGUCAACAGCUCAAGCGAGGCAGUCGCCUAAAGGCAAAGAACCCGAGUGGUCGACGCUGAAAGCCUCUCGUACAGAGGCGGACGGCACCCUAUCUCUGACAGCCGCACUUCGACGGCCGCUGCCGGCGACACGACUGGCACAGGCCAGUCGCGGUGGCAGCCGCCUGUCACUUCCCCUCUAUCGAUCCUUGGGAAGCUCGGCGGAGGAUCGACGGCGUGCUGAGGACCAUCUGCAUGACACCUCGUCGAAGCAGAGGCGCAGCGAGAGCUCGAGCGCCUCCACCUCGAAGAGUGCACCAGAAGCAACAAGAGCGAUAAAGCUGUUUCGACCGUCGCCUCUCACUGAGUCAGAGCAGUACGGCCGACGACGAUGA